AUUAAGAUUCUUUGAUUUAGAAAAAAAUAAAAUGAGCAAAACAGGUCUGCUUAUUGAUGAGCAUUAAGAAUUAAUGUCAGACACUUCGGAUAGAAAAGUCUCUACAAGAAAAAACAAAGCAAUUUAUACUUAAACAAUUAGUGUAAAACGAUACCAUAAAAUACCACUUAGAACUUAGUAAAUGCUUUUCGAAUAGGUUUUUAAAAAUGGGAAAAAGAUAAAACAAGUAAUUAAUUAAUUAAAUGUUAGGCAGCUAAGGAAUUGAGAAUGAAUUACUCUAGUGCUAAGUCAUUAAUUCAUUACUAUAAAACAGAAAAAAGGCCUGUACCAGAUUAAGUGAAAAAGUUGAUUGAUAAGCAGAAAUAAGCAACCUUUUGUUCAAUAAUGUAAAAAAAUUAAAGUGAUCUAACUCUUAUUGUAGAAAUAAAACUUAAUCAAGAAAUAGUUAACUCUUACAACUACUUUGAAAAACUCUAUAAUGAAGUAAAAGUAGAAUCAAUAUGAUAUUAAUAUUAUAAUUCUUAACCG